ACAACACGCGCGCCUCUACCUGCGCAAGAGUCACAUUCCGUCACCCACCUCCGCGAUUGGCCGCCGAGCCUGCGAAGGCUUUGAACAGCGCUUCAAAUUUUUAAAUUUAGAAAGUUUGGCUCAGUGUUUGUGAUUGGUUUUGUACGAGGCAUAAUGUCGGCAGUGUUAUAAGGUGAGCCUUAACUUUGUAGUUAGUUUAACAAGUGCAGUUAGUUGAACAGCGUGAAGGAUACAUUUUAUCCAUUUUCUCGAAGAUCAAACAUGUCUAGAUUAGCAUGCCUGCUGGCGGUGGCCGGUGCCGCGUCUGCGCAACUGACACUAGAUGGCAUCAGAUGCGGGCAGCUGGUCUGUCAGCUCGAGGAGUACUGCUCCCCGGACACCAACCGCUGCGCGCCCUGCAGCGUCGCCUGCAACAAGACGAGCCACAACUACGAUGCCGGCCUCUGCAUUAAAGAGUGCCAAGGAUAUCUCCUCGACCUGAGGUAUAUGCGAAGGUCGGAGGAAACACAUCCUCCCGGGGAUCUGAGCGGUGUGCAGCGUCAAGCGCAGACUGCUCUGAUCAUCAGCGCCGUGGCCCUCGCCAUCUUGGUGCUUGUGCUCAUCAUCGUGUGCAGGGGCAAGUUCUCUUGGCGAUACCUCAAGCAGAAAUUUCAGCCGGCCAAGAACCGAGUGAAGCAGUACCCAAACGACCUGACCCAUCACAACCCACACGCGGAGAUGCCGAAACCUAAGCACGAACUGAAACUGGAGAUACGGAACCCCGAUCCAGCGAAACGACCGCAGCAGCCUCUGAAUGUGAGGGACCUGGAAACCAGGACUUCUCAGACGGAGAAGAGUCAGGGAGCAACUACGCCGAAGACGAUCAGUACUGCACUUAGCAACCGACAUCCAGCCGAGGAUACGACUUUAGAUUUCUCGUACGAUAACAUGGGUAUGAAUGUGACACCGCCGGAGCAGCCCGCGACCAGCCACAAGUUCUGAGGAAGGGUUGUCAGCUUCGGCAGUGCCACCAUCAGGUUCAUACACCGCAAGCUCAGUACUGCCACGUCAGAAUGUUAGGCCAACAAAAGUUUCACAAUAUUAAAAGACUCUUCAGAUUUAAACUAAAUGAGACAACUUUUUACCGUAGGAUUGUAUUGAAUUUAUCGUGUUGUAAUGCUAUCAUAGUCCUUAGCACUAAUUCUAUUGAGCAACGUAGAGCCUUGUUUAACUUUUUAUUAGAUUCGUCUGCAGUAUUUUUAGUAGGAAAUAUUUUCUACAGACAAUCGUAGCGGGAAUAUAAUAUUGUAAUGUUAUGGAGUAAAUAAUAAAUAACAGUAAAAUGCACAUUUUUCUACAGUAAUUUCACUAAAAGUCAGUUUAUAUAACGUUAGAGUAAGUUUUGAUCUAUUUAUUCUUCGGAAUGAUGUAGUUUGAAGAGAAACUAGUUCGAUGCAUCGAAUUUAAAUGAAGCAUUUUUAUAAACGAUUUGUAAUCAAAUUCUAUAAAAUGUAAGUGUAGUAUUGGGAGAUAUAUAAGCGUUUUUAGAUAUUUAUCAUAUUACGUAAGGUAUUAUUACAAUGUAGAUUUGUUUUAUACACACGUGAGGAUCAAUUAGUGUUAAGCUAACUGUAAGACGUAACACCAACAAUAAAGUAGUUAUGAGUGAUAAAUCGAAUAUUAAAUAAUGCCCUAUAUGUGGGGAGAUUAUAUAAGUAAUUUAAAACUACAAUUAAAAAGUAAAAUAAUUUAAACGCAUCACAGAAUAAACUUCGGUAUCCGUGUAACGUUAUAUCAUUUUUAAUUUACACAGAACGAAAUAUUUCACAUUAAAUUCGCAAGUUUUAAAAAAUAAUAGGGAAAGCUGGCAACACAGAAUUUUAAAACAAUAAUUUAAAAAUACAAUAGUGUUUCUCUAACGCUCUUGAAAAAUCACUUUUUAAUGAGUAAUAACGAGAUUCUUUUACAUCGGCCGUCUUUUAUUUUUGGCAAACAUACGUUGGUUGCGUCUUUCUGUCACACAAAACAAAACAAAGAGAAUUGAUAGACGUCACAUGGAUACCAGUAAAUUACUGUUUAAUUGAUUAAUUACGACUAUAACAAACGUGUAUUCUGUCGGCAAUAAUUUUUAAAGAUGUAUAAUGUAUAUAUUGUAUGUAUAGCAUAGCGUUUGAAUACCUAUAAAUGCUUGUAUUAAGCCUGGAUACCGCCAGACUCAAUUCGCAGUUCGCGAGUUUCGGAAAUGUCAAUAUGAUUGUCAUAGCGAAUAAUGCAGUUGGUUGCAAAGCGCAACAUUUUGAUCAGUCUAUAGCCUAAUUAAUACUGAACUGAGCUUUCAACAAAUGAAUGGAUUUUGGAAGGUAGCAUUUACUACGAACUGUGAUGUUUAAUAGUGACGUUGUUAUUGGCAGGUAUUGUAUUUGAUUCCAACACAAUGUGUAUAAAUAUGAAUUCGCUCGAACUCAUUAUCCCACUUCCCAAAACUGAGGUUUUCAAUUUAAUAACUAUUACGCAUUAGUCUGGCGGAUCCCAGCUACAAUAUUGACACAUAUUAUGUUGCGAGUAUACAUAUAGAGGUAGUUAGUAUACCUAAUGCUUAUAUAAUUAUAAUUAUGUUGUAUAUUUUCGAGUUCGACUCGGGUUAAAUAAAUGUCCAGCAUGGCUGCGGUAGUUUUUUAUUUAUGGGUUAUGUUAAAUGUUUACGUUACUGAUUGUUGGUGUCGGAUCCUAUUUGUUUAGUAUGUAAACUAACUUUGUGAUAACAACGCAUGUUGCUAUUGUCGAGAUGUUUCGUUUUAUGAUUAAAAGAGAAGCUUGUGUAGUCAUCAACCACAGCUUGGCAACUGUAAGCCGGCCCGAGUGUAAGCUCGGAACAAGAGCCCGCUGACUGAGCUCACUACUAACUACACUUACUUACACCGGUGUUAUCCCUCAAGCGACCUCGUGUGCCACCGAAAUACCUCCAACUAAAUUAUCUUCAACAAUAAGCUGUUUGAUCUGUGUAUUUAAUACAGUAAUGUCUGAUAACACUAACAGUUAAACUCUCGCAUUAAUCCGUCAGACUGUAGUACCUGUAAUUACUUGAUUCUCGAUAAUAUAACAUUGUUGUUAUUGUGAAGUGUAUUUAUGUAUUUACCGCUUUGAUUGUUUGUCUUUGAUGUAUUUUAUUAACGCAUAUAAGCUCACCAAAAGAUACACGUAUAUUUAAUUGUGAAAGAGAUUACGAAUUUCUUAUAUACUUUUAAGGAUUAUGUUAUAAGGUGUAGUUAAUUAAUUUAAGGUCACGCACAUUCUGUUAGAGUGUUGCAACUAAGCGGCGGAAUAAAUUUCAGAUCAUUAUUUAAGUUUCUCGUUAAAAUGUAGAAGUUAAUUCAAUAGCUACUUUUAAGUUUUUUAUAAAGCAUUCCCUGCAGUGCCUUUUCAACUUAGUUUUAGCAGGCCUACGUAAGGCGUAUAGAUUCGAAUUUUAAUGUCGUAAUUAUCCAUCAUUAGUUCUACGAAUAAGUACCCGUAGGUUGUAUUUAAAGUAUUCUAGCAAUAAAAGUGACCCUUAUGUUGACGCGUGUAUUAAGGAAUGAAUGGUAUAUAAGUGAGGAGGACAAAAUAAGUACCGAACCAAGUGUCCUUCAGAUGAAAACUUUGGAAGCGUCUCGGGUUGUCCUUUUGUGGGUGCUGUUCCAAUCAAUGUAAGUAGUUCAGUGUAUGUUUCACAAACUCGCUGGCACGACCAACUUGUUACCAACUACAAUAAUAAAUAUUAUCUGUAUUUACGAAUGGAGAGUUGUCGCGAGUACUCUAUGGAUACGGAAUUAUAAUAACAUCUACAAAGUAAAACAAAUUACCUAUUUAUACCAGUUAGAUUUUGUCGUGUAUGCAAUGGGAAUGUCUUGCACGAUCUUUGUGUUUUCUAAUAACAGUAAUGUAUUCUUAUUUGCACUGUGAGAAUAUUUGCGUUGCAUUCCGAGUUAAUCUAACUGAGUGAAGUAAACAUUACUCGUGAUGAGCCGCGACAUUCUUUGUUAUGUAAUAACUCACUACUGAGAUAACAACUAGAAUGAAAAUAGUGACUGGAACAUUUCUCAUACAAGCGGUUACAAUGAUAAAUGUCAUUACGAUAAAGCUAAAAAUGGCGUGCACCUAUACAUUUAUAAAUUAAAAUAGAUUCUGAAUUUUGUGGGUCUAAAGUUAUAACAUAAAAUUGAUAUUUCAGUCAGGCAAUUUCAAAUUAACAUACUACUAAUAUAUAUCGGUAUUCGAAACUUAUUUUAUACAUUUUGAAGAUCAUGAUAGAUUUAUGUGCACAAAGUACUUGCAUCAUACAUACAUAAUUGUGUAUUUAUAUCAUCUAUUUACUUAUAAGUUAUUGUUACUUCUUAUACACGAAGAUGGCUGGCUACAUAUAGUUACUUAUUAAUCAAAAUUCCUCAAAUUUCUUCAUAAUAUACUUCAGUGAGGUGUCAUAGGAACUUUAUUAGUGAUAGUCGUGAAGCAAAUACAAAGAUGAGAUGUCAUUACUGGAAUUCACUUUACGGGGAGCGCGGGACGUUACAAACCACGUCAAAUAGAUAGGCUAUUUUACAUCUAUCGGACCCAUACUACAAAAACGUUGCUUAUGGUCCACAUUUUAAUGUGCCAAUAUCUGAGCACUUAUAAUCUAUCUAUACCUUUUUGGUAUUUUGUGUCACAGUGCAGAAUCACAUUAUGGCAUCUCCCCUUUGUAAAUACUUCAUGGUUAUAGUUAAAUUAUUUAGUCUUGUAAGGUUAUGUAAGGUAGUGAUAGAGGUAAGUCACUGUUUUGCACUAGUUAGGUUAGUGUAAGGUAGUGUCAUAAGUAAGGUAGUUAGGAUAGGUAAGGUAGGCACUUCGGCACAAUUCGGUAUAAGUCAUGUUAAGUCAGGAAGGGGUGACUAACCUAAUAUUUAAUUACAGAAAAACAUUCUUGCAUUCGUUGAAUCAAAAUAUAUUGAGGACGGUGAACCGUAACUAUUGAAAAUUGGAUAUGUGGUUAAAAAAUCCAUUUCAACCUUAUUAUGUAUUGGCAUUCAUAAUUAUUUAGAUUUCGAUCCAAAAAUAUAUUUUGAAAGAAAACCAAAGUACCUAACUGCCGUGCUCAGAGUAAUUUAAUGAUUACUUAAACUAUUCCUUAGCAACGAGUUUUUCCAAAAACCAUUGCUAAAGAUUGGGUCAAGUAAUCAUUAAAUAACUUUGAGUACGGUGGACAGAUUUCUUCGCGUCCAAACCAAUAGAUGUUCUUCUUCAUUUAUUAUUUAAAAUAUAUAAUCUCUUCACCAAGGGAUUUGGAAUAAAAUCCCUUUUUAUUAUUUAAAGGAAGUAUGUUUAUUACAUUUGAUUUAUAACAGUCAUCAGUCAUAUUUGAAUCAAUUUGUCUAUUCCCAAAGCGAUACUCUAUCGUCUUCGUAUUUAUUAUCUAAGAUUUCACGUAAACAGAUUGUUUUGUUUCCCUCCUUAUCUUACAUAUAACUAAAUCAGUUUGUUAGAAAGAGAUACACAAUUUCGGAUUUGCAGUUCUAAAAUCACACGAUUGUCCCCCUUCUGUACUUAGAUAUUGUAAGUACUUAGAGACUAAGUUUCCUUGAUACUUCACUGUGGUUUAAUGAAUAUGGUUUUUACGAGAACAAAUGCGUUGGAAAUAUUAAUAAUUCUCUUUAAUUACUAUCUGUAGGUUAAUGGGUUUUGUUAAUUAGUUCACAAUCUGACACAGGCAGACCCACAGAUGUGUGGCCUGCUUAUCCACCGUCUUCCGACAUCUUAAGUUAAUCCUAAAACUUAAAUUAUGUAUAUUUAAAUUCAUAAGAAAUAAGUAGUUUCGGCUUAGGUCGUGUGAUACGAUUGCUUUUAAAUGAAAUAAUUAUUUCCUAUAAGUAAAUUCUUAUUACAUACUUAUAUUUAUCUAACUAGUAUUCAUAAUUUUAGGGAGUUUCUUUAUUUGAAAAUACAGUAUUUAUUUCAUAACAAAUUGGAACAAUUGGAAAAUUCUUACAUCAAUCAGAAUCAUAUUUAAAAACAUAAAUUGAUUUGUUAUCAUAGUUUGACGAUGUAUCAGUGUCAGUUAGACAUAAGGACACUUGUGGAACUUGAUUAAAUAACUUUAACAUCUUAAGACACAAGUGAAAAUAUGCAACAUCUGGGUAGAUUAAGGGUCGGUUCAUAUAUAACGUAAAAUACGUCGAGCGUAUCAUCCGUUGAGUAAGAACGGUCAAUUGUUUUUCUAUACAUUUGUCUGUUCUGGCGUUACGCGACGCAUGUUCCGUCAGAUAUAAACCGACCCUAGGUUUCACUGAUACAUCAGUAUUGUCAUCAUGAUCAUGAGCACUUUUGACGUAGUAUUAUGUUGAAAUACUUAAGGCGAUUUAGUUUUGGUGAUUGCACAUAUUUACUUGCACAGUUCAGAGCGACCCCAGUUGGGCUCUUGAUCCAUCGUCUUCCCAUCCCAGUAGUUGUGUUUAGUAAGUUUAAUAAUUUACGAAUAUUCGCUUUGCACAUAUUGGCAGUAUAGAACAAUUCUUAAGUCUUAAUGGCUUCUAAUCUCUCGUCUUCCGACCUAAGUUCUGGUUUAAUUCAACCUUGUAUCGCUACACACAUUGUUAGUUUAACUUAUAAUAAGAUUUGAACAGUUUGUUAAUAAUUAAGGUUUGUUUAAUAAGGCCACGAAGCCGUUUUCACUGGUUCACAGUUAUUUGAUUUUCUGAGUUGAGGACGAGUAGUGGAUUUUUGUUUUAUAAUAGCACCAUAUCGCACUGUCGGAGGUACCGAAUGACGGUCUCCAAAUCCAUCGUCUUCCCCCCUAUAGUUUGUCUCAUAAUACCUUACAAAUAAGUUUAUCACUAUCGAUGUUUCUGUACAUACUUUCCUUGUGCUGUUAUACGAUUUAAAAGCAAUCGGGUAUAUAUUUAGUCCAUGUAAUAAAUCAAUAUAUAUCAUAGAUACGUAAUUAAACUCAUCGGCGAUUUAUAUCAAAAUUGUGUUUAGUAUUACAUACAUAAUACAUAUAUAUCGGUAGAUGAUGUGUCAGUAGAGCUUAUAAAUAGCUUGGUAGAUUCUUAAUAAGUAAUAAUUUAAAUAAAUAGAUAAUUUACGAUUAAUAAUAAUUUAUAUUUUAUCACGGGGCACAGUUUAUGGAUACAUUUUGUUUGAAGGAAUUAGUGAAGGAAAGUUAGAUUUUUGUUUGUGGUUGCACAUUCCUGCACUCCGGAGUGACCUGAACAUGGGCUCCUGAUCCAUCGUCUUCCCACCCUGUACUCGAACAGACGUAGUAUGCUAAAUACGCCGCUUUUAAAUUAAGGGUUUAAUUUUCUAUUGGAUUAAGACCUAGACAGUUAAGACCACGCAAUAAAAUAAAACGCUUCUUAUAGACCAUUGUUCUCGCAAAUAUUCAUAUUAUUUUCUUACAAACGACCCUCUCUCUAUUAUGUAGUAAUAAUAAAAAAUAACAACGUUGCCAGACAUCUUCAUGAAUCUGAAGUAGCAUUAAUGAUAACUUGAAAUAUCGAAGUAGGUACUUAAGAACAGCUAUUAUCAAAAUAAUAAUAAGGUUCAUUAUAUUUUGUAGUUUGUCUACUACACAACAUCACAUGUCGGUAUAAGAUACUUAAAUAAGAAUAAAUAAGUCAUAUAUCAUACGACAUUAAAAUGUAGAACUAUUUUCUGGAUAUGUUAAGUAAAUAGGUGCUUUAUAGAUAUGGUUUUAGGUUCUAAUUUCAGUUGUUGAAUGUUUUAAACAGAAAUUAUCACUGCAUAACAGGGGAAAAUGUUUUCGAACCCGUCUACACGGCGGUUAGCCUCAUUAAGGGAGGAAUUACCUGCGGGAUUUUAGACAAUGAAACAGCUUUAGCUCAUUUACACGUUUCUAGUAAUUUUGUGUACAAAAGUGACUUGAACAGAUUUUGAACUAUUGUAAAAACACAAACAAAACGUGCUAACGUGUCUUUUGACACAACUUAGCAAGAUUAUCAUCUAUGUAUACACUACUGUAGCACCUAAAAUGGACAUUUCUAAAAAAUGUUUUUUAAGUAAUUAAGAAAGCAUAAUUGUGCUCCUAUAUUUGUCUAAUUGAAUCGAAUUUAAUUAAUCUGUUGGCUAACGAUAGCCCAGUUCUUAAUUAGAACAUAUUACUAAAAUUGUUCCAAAAUUUUCAAAACAGCAUCUUCUUUUAAGUAUGUCCAAUACAGAUGCUUUUCCUGUACCUAAGUCCGUGUAAUGCUUCCAGAACAAACAGCCCGGACAGUGUAUUUAAUUCCUUAAUGUUGUUGCAAACUAAUGAUUAACCAGAAAACGGGACUUAGGUACAGGCUGCUGCUAGAAACGUGUAAACGCGUGCCCGGAGUGUUGCACACUAAUCUUCUACAACGUAAGCUCCUUACUGGCUUAAACAUUACUUCAGACAUACAGACUACCUACUUACAUCCCUAUUAGUGUAUUUUAUUUAAAGGGAAACGCUCUCAACCGAUACUUAGGUACGGUGAAACUAAAUUCUCUAUUUUCUCGAAUCUCAGUUUAAACGAAAUCUCUUAAAAUGUGGACACUAAUGCGUCUUAGUGCUUAAUUGUUUAUUUAUAGCGUUGCAUCAUUCACAUUCUAGUACUUAAGUAUAUUUUUGUCGAGGUUAAAUAAGGGUAUAAUUGAUAAGGUAGGUUUAAUAUUGUUUUUAAGGACUUAACUUAAGCCGUCCAUACUAGACAUUCCACUAGGUUAGGUUUUGUUGCACAAUGUAUUUAUGUUAAGGGUAGUAAAAUGUACGCAGUAUUUCGUACAUGGUAGCGAGCUAGCUCGGUCGAUUAUAGUAUUAAAUAGACAUUAAGAUAUUUGCUAUGAUACAUCACUAUGUACUUUGAAUCACAGACGUAGAAAUUAUAGCUCUAACUAUGUGUAAGGAGUUUUAGUAUUUAAAGUAAAUGAAAUUAGCUGGAGUACUACUUAAGAUUUUGAUAACUCCUGCGGCAUUAAUGCACUUAAAUAAUCUAAGAAUAAUCUUAGUUUAGGUAUUCCCGUAACGGUUGUAUGUAGAACUAAGUAAAUAUAAUGACUCAUUAUGGAACAUUUUUGACGUAAAGUUAUACAAAGUUGAACAUUUAUUCCUCGAAAUUAAUAAUCACAAUUCUCUUGCUUUGUUUACCUAGCGGCUAUAAGUAUUAAUACUCUAAAUACGACAUCUUUUUUACCCUCUAAAUUCUCAAAAUUGCAAUUUGGUAUUAUCUAUUAUCAUUAUAAAACAGACUCAUCGAAUCAGUCGUUUUUAAAUAUAGUUUUAAUGUCACGAAGCCAAUUCAUAUUAGAUUAGUGUACAUUUCUUUUCAAAUUAAAAACUUAUAAAAUACUUAUUGAGAAGAAAAUUGACAAUAUUUUAUGAAGUAAAUUACUUAAAAUUGAGAUCAUCACUAAUGGAUUGAACAAGAUUAUUAAUUUCAUGAAUAUAGACUACUAUAAAAGUGCCAAACAUAAAGCCAAGUAUUCGCUCGCGUUCUCAUAACAUCGUACUGCCAAUUACGGCGGAAAAUCCGACAUCAAUUAGCGUACUUAGGAAAAACAGUUACAAAAAUAAUCCCUACUUAAGAGUAUGAAGUGGCUCUCUCGCCUUAAAAAAUAACUGCAUGUUUUAGCAGACAAGUACGCUUAGUACGCUCUAUGGCCAGGUAGCGGAGUACUCUCCCUACAGCGAGGAACAUCAUGAGUUACAAUAUUAACCAAUUAGCCAAGAAUUUACGUCGAUGAAUAUACUGAUACUCGUAUUUUACAAAAAGAAAAUUCCCCCUUUGUGUUUCGCAUUUUUAAGUGUACUCAACUUUUAAAGAGGAAACUUGAAGUAUUAUGUUUUUAUACACAAUUAGCAAAUAGUACUAAAUUAACUAUUAUUAUGUUUACCGGAUUUCUUAUGUAACUAUUUCACGGAACUCAACUAAUUUCAAGCUACACAGAGGGCACAUAUUCAUGAGCAUCAUUGUUCGACACAUGACGUCAAACAGUUAGGCGAGAAAGCCGGUAAACAUAAUACUUAGUUAAUAAGUAGUUUUCAUUAAAUAGAUUAUAAUUUUUGUAUCACAUUUUGAAAACAUAUCGAGUUAUACGGAUCUACUUAAUAAUUAUGAUUCUAGUUUACGUGAAUACCUAAUUUAAACCACGUUUUUACGCAAUAUUAAAAUACUUACAAUUAGUCUAUAGGAAUUACAAUUACGAUAGUAUUUUAGUAUUAAGAAUGUAUUUGUAUAUAUUUGGAGCCUUCAGGAAUUCCGUCCAAUCAAUUAGAUUAACUUAUUUAAGUAGAUAAGUUAGUUAUGUAGCGAUAUUUAUAAAGAUAUUAAUAUUAGUUCUAGAUUAAGAUCUGCACUAAGUUAUGACUAAUUUUAGCUGACUGUAGAUUGUUUUCAAUACUUAAAGCUUUUAUGAAUUUAGUCAUAAUAUUAUCACAUUGUUUUAGAAUUGUCGUUGUAGUCAAUUUUGAUUAUGACAAUGAUGAAUAAUUGCAUUGUAAGAAGUUUUUGAAGAAUUUGAAUGAAAUUAACUUUAAAAGGCUCUUCAUCAUGCCAAUAGUCUUUUAAGGUAAGCGUUCACAGGCCCGCAUCGUACGCACCGCACGCAUUCCGUAUGUCGUCAUCAGUACGCGUCGUAUGUAGGCAUUGCCGAUAAUGCGGUCCGAACGAUGCGGAUCAGUGGACGCAGUUGUAUGAGUUUCUAUACAAGACAAACUAAAAUCCGUUGCGUGCGAUGCGUACGAUGCGGGCCUGUGGACGCUUACCUUUGUAGUCAUUUCUAAUUAUACAUAGAAUUUUCUUAGUAACUUUUUUCUGAGCAUAUAACUCGAUAUUACACAAGUAGUGGAAAUAGAUGUAGUGGCUCAUCAUUUAUAGAAAAAGCUUAUACUGUAGUGUUAGAUACAAAAUGAUAUAGAAUCUAUGUAUAGGUAUUGUAUGUAUAUGUCAAAAGGAACAUAAAUAAAAUAUAGGUAUAUUGUAUCUUCAAUUGUUGUAUUUUGAUUUCGAAUUGGAAAUAAAAUUUUAUGAUUAA